CCUAGGCGGUGAGACUGGAAAGCAGCUAUCAGAACCGCACCCGUUACAUGGUGGUGGUCUCGACCAAUGGCCGGCAGGACACGGAGGAGAGCAUCGUCCUGGGGGUGGACUUCUCGUCCAAUGACAGCACGGUUUGCACAAUGGGAUUGGUCCUGCCCCUCUGGAGCGAUGCGCUCAUCCAUUUGGACGGGGAUGGCGGCUUCAGCGUCUCCACCGACAAUCGGAUCCACAUCUUCAAACCGGUGUCCGUGCAGGCCAUGUGGUCAGCCCUGCAGAGCCUACACAAAGCCUGCGAAGUGGCCCGCGUCCACAACUACUACCCGGGCAGCCUAUUCCUCACCUGGGUCAGCUACUACGAGAGCCACAUCAACUCCGACCAGUCCUCGGUCAACGAGUGGAACGCCAUGCAGGAUGUCCAGUCCCACCGCCCAGAUUCCCCGGCGCUCUUCACAGACGUCCCCACGGAGCGCGAGCGGACAGAACGCUUGAUCAAGACCAAGCUGCGAGAGAUUAUGAUGCAGAAGGAUCUGGAGAACAUCACGUCCAAGGAGAUCCGAACGGAGCUGGAAAUGCAGAUGGCAUGCAACCUGCGCGAAUUUAAGGAAUUCAUUGACAAUGAAAUGAUCGUCAUUCUGGGCCAGAUGGACAGCCCCACGCAGAUCUUCGACCACGUCUUUCUGGGUUCGGAGUGGAACGCCUCCAACCUGGAAGAAUUGCAAACCAGAGGGGUGAGGUAUAUUCUGAACGUCACUCGUGAAAUUGAUAAUUUCUUCCCGGGAGUUUUCGAAUACCACAAUAUCCGAGUUUACGACGAAGAGGCGACGGAUCUGCUGGCUUACUGGAACGACACCUACAAGUUCAUCUCCAAAGCAAAGAAGAACGGCUCCAAGUGCCUGGUCCACUGCAAGAUGGGGGUCAGCCGGUCGGCCUCCACCGUCAUCGCCUACGCCAUGAAGGAGUACGGCUGGAACCUCGACCGGGCCUACGAUUACGUCAAGGACCGCCGCACCGUCACCAAGCCCAACCCCAGCUUCAUGCGCCAGCUGGAAGAGUACCAGGGCAUCCUCCUGGCCAGCAAACAACGUCACAACAAGCUCUGGCGUUCGCACUCGGACAGCGAUCUCUCCGACCACCACGAGCCCAUCGGCAAAUCGGGCAUGGAGGUCAGCAAAAAGGAAAUCACCACCUCGGCCGACCGCAUCUCCGACAGCAAGUCCUCCAGCAGCCUCGUGGCGGUGCCCGUGGGGAUGGCCGCCAGCCCGCACGGACCUUUGCUGUGCCAUUUGGGCUCCGGGCCUUUGGCGAACCUUCCAGGCAAAGAGAGGGUCAUCCAGUUACAAAUCGCUCCCCGGGAUUUCGAGGCCGAGCAGAUGGAAGACCAGCUGAAUUUGAACAACCUCAACGGGUGCCCUUCCGGCUGCUGCCCGGCGGAGUCCGAGUCGCCCCUCGACAACUGCAACCCACCCGAGAGCUUACUUCAGCAAGGGGGGGGCGCCUUGAAACCGGCCGGCGGGUUUCCCGAUUUGGCAGUGUCCGAUUUGGAAAACGACGCCCUCAAACCCGGCGACGGGAACGUCCACCUGAUGCCCAUGGAGGAGUUGGAGUCCUGCUUGCGAGACACGCCCAGCCCGCCCGCCAACCUUUCUCAGCCGGAGGAGGAAGAGGAAGAAGAGGAGGAGGAGGAGGAGGAGGAAGAGGAGGAGGAAGAAGAGGAGGAGGAAGCCACGGCCGGAGGAGACUUCGGCACGGAUCGGAUCGACUUCUUCAGCGCUUUGGAGAAGUUUGUGGAGCUCUCGCAGGAGAAAAGGCCCCGGGCCUCAUCCCGGGCGGAAGACGCGGGCAACGGGCGCAAUGGAACGCCCCGGAUCUUGGCCUUGGAGCUGCUGCCUUGCGAUCCCACCGAGCAGGCCCAGCCAAGUGCCUCUGCGGGCAACUCGCCACAGGCCUCGGAGGCCUCCUCUGUGGAGGAGGAGCAGCUGAAGCUCUCGGAACCAGAGCCAUCCGUGGGCCUGAUCCGCUCCCAUUCCCCCGUCGUCUCGGUCAAAGAGAUUGUCACGGAGAUCGAGUCCAUCCAUCAGGGAGGAUCCCAGGGACCCUCCAAGGCAGAGUCCACCAGCAAUCCGCUCCCAAUGCCCAAGAAGACCCCCCUCCACGAGACCCCAGCCGAGGCGACCUGGCCUUUGAACAGCAAGCACGGGAAAGCCGAGGAGGCAGCGGACGCGGCUGAUCCAGUCCCGAAAGAAGCUGCACGAGAACCGUUGAAACCGGAACACAAAGAGUCUUUGUUGCCCCCAACGCCUGCCUCUAAGCCAGACACGGAAGGGAGGGGCUCAGCCGAAGACCCCACAGAAGUCCGAAUCCUCCCCGGGCCCAAAUGGUGUCCCGGUUCUGUCCGACGGGCCACUCUGGAGUUUGAAGAGCGUCUACGGCAGGAGCAGCAAGAUUUGCAACACGCUUCUCCGGUCACCCUUUUCCCCGUCCGGAAGAAUUCCCGGAACGAGUCUGAUUUGGGCGCAAAAGGUAGAAAUGACGAUGCAGCUCACGAGCCAACCCAAUUUUCGAGAAAUAAGGAGAUCUCGAGAACAGGCAACGGCUCUGAGACGGAGACCGUCUCUGAACCUCCAACGUCGUCCGAGCCUUCCCAUCCACCGGAAGUCCCUGCGGAGGUGCCAAGCGUGACCCGCGAACACCGGAUGGUGCUUUGGAUGGAGGGUGACGAGGGACCUCCUCUGCUCAGCCCUCUCCCCAAAAGAAUUGAGAUCAUCGAAUACACGCCCGCUUUGCCAGGCACGGAGGUGGCCGAGAAGGGUAUCACUGCCCGGACCCCGGAGAAAACCGUGGAUGAAAACUGCAAUACUGCUUUCUGUUCGGAGACUCCUGGGUGCAGCCCGAAUUUGUCUGGGACACCAGAACAGGAGGGUGUCCCCUUCAGUGAAGCCCUCUUCUCUUGGGGAAGCCCGAAAGAGGGAGAAACGGGGGAAGCACCAUCCAACCCUGAAGCUCCCUCUUCUUCGGGCAACCAGGCGAGACACUCCCCUCCACCCUGUUCACGUCAAAACUACCGUCUCGGUCUGGAGGGUGUCACUCAGGACAGCACAAGCACUGAGCCUGAGCCAGCUCCCUCGGGGGGCUACGCUGGAAACGGGCACUUCUCCCUGGAGGAGAGGGGAAGGGCCUUCCCGUCCUGGACAUGCUGGGACCCCAAUCUGGGAAAAAAUCCUCCGGGCAUUCCCUUGACCUAUCCUCUUCACUGCUCUCUCCCUCGCCGUUCCAGCUGCGACGGCUGCACCAAAGACAACGGCCAGGGGACAGGCCUGGUUAAGCAGCUGGCGAAAGAACUGGAAUCCCGCCUGCGGCAAGCCGGACUCACCGCACCCUCUCAAAUGAAACGCUCGGCGUCUUUGGCCAAACUAGACUCUCUGGGCUCGCUGAAGGACGACUUUCCCCGCGGUAGCUGCUGCCUGCCUACCAGCGCCCGAGCCGUCUCGCCGGAAUCUCUCCGGAUCCCCACGCCGGAUCCAGCCAUCUCUGCCCUGACCCUCCUGUCUCCCGAACCCACCCGGCAUUUGGUGGAACCGGUCAAGCUGUGGGAAUGCCUAGCCCUGAGCCGGCCGGUGGAACGGCCCCUGGCUCAAUUCGCCCAAGACUUCACCCCAACCUGCGGCCCCCCGGAAGGAACGUGGACUUGGGGCCACAGCUUGGGGCAGCCGGCCGCGCUCGCUCGAAAUCCCCCCGUCAGAACUCGGCUGCCCAGGAGGUUAAAAAAAUCUAACGAACGAAAACGAACCACCAACCCCAUCUAUAAUACGAUGUGAUCCCUGCCUCGGUUUCCCCUCCCUUCUCUUAACCCCCUCCUCCUCCUCCUCCCCCCCCCCUUCAAACUUUUCACAAUCCCUCGCAGAUGUAAUAUAUAUACCGAAACAUGCACUUUAUUAGUUAGGUUAUUGUUUUAUUUGUACGGUCCCUACGUUUUUUUGCAUGUACAUUUUUGAGGCGGCUGAAAUUCGAGUUUAAAAAAACAAAACCCAACCUCCAUCCGUGCGAGUGGACUGCGAGAUGACACCCCCCCCCGUGGCGUUUUUUGUGUGUGUGUGUGUGUUUGUUGUUUUAUUUCGUUUUUGUUCUUCAUUAGGUGGUGGUUGUGUUUUGUUUUAUUUUUCUAUGACAAGAUUUUACCUCUAUUUUUUUUUCCAGCUUUGCCUUAAAAGAACACCCUUUGUUUGCAAAAAAAGAAGCCGUCGUGGUUUUUUUCCCCUCGCCAAUGCCCCGUUGUAGGGUUGGGGAGCAAAGCCCCGCUCUUCUAAUUGGGGUGGGGGGGGGCUCACCAGAACCCCCCCCCCAAGUCUCACGUCCUCCUCCCUGGGUUGAACCCCUGGAUCCAAGCAGCUGUGAAGUUUAUAUUUUUUUUCUCUGCUCGCCUCCAAGAUGUCCGGUAGAAGCCACAAUAUCGGGACAAUAUUGUGCCCGUAAUGCCACUGAUUUGCACAACGCCGCCCCCUCCGGACCCCCAAAAGGGCCAUCCUGAUGCAUUUGAGUAGGGGGUGCAACCAGCAGUAGGGAUCUAACCCACUUAACAACCAGUUCGCCGGAAAUGUGAGUGUGUGUUUACACCACAUGGCGAGGGUUCUGCUCGGCUCCAUUUUCGCUCUCCGGAGUCGCGGCUGCUUCUCUCCACUGCUCCUCUUGCCGGGAGAGAAAGUGUCACUUGUGCAGUUUAGCAGCUCUGAGCCGCCACUUUCCUCUUAAGUCCCAUCUGUGCGGCACAGAGAAGCAGCAGCCAUGUUGAAUGGGCAGCGGCUCCAGGGCGGAGCCGGGGAGUGUCAUGUCCCUGGGCCGCCACCCAAGGCGAAUUGCGAGCAAGCGGCAUGCUUACCUUUGGUGAGCAGAGCAGUCGAGGCACGGAGAUUAGCUGGACGGUCUGGACCGCGUGGCAAAGGGAAGAUAAUAUAUAGGGCGGGGUGGGCGGGGAUGGACCAUCCCUAUAGCGGAUGGUCGAUUAUACCGGUUCUCCGCACGGCGCAAAAUCAUAACAACCGUUCUGAACCAGUGCGAAAACGGCUGAAUCCCACUCCUGGGUGCAGGUUUUUGGCUGGAGAGGACAAUCCUCCAAGGCUUGUCCCCGAUUUUCUCCCCUUCUUCCCCGGCCAUGGUGCCCUUCAGAAAGAUCUGCCCACCUCCGCAGCUGGCACUGAAGGAUCUGUCCCUUGUGUGCCACCCAGGAUCUCUACAAUAUAAUGGGCAUUCAGUAGCUUUGCCCACUGCGUUAGGGCAGGGAACGCACCACACACCUCAGAAACAGCUCCUUUUUGAGCGGCAAAAAAAGGAGGAUUUAAAAUUGUCGUUUUUUUAAAAAAAAAAAAAAUAUUUAUUUUCCGGAACGGGUGUUUCUUUUAAGGCAGGCAUUGGAAAAAGGGUCUGACCUUCCGCUUACUUGAAUAAAAACAGUGGGCCUUCUCAAAACUCGCCGGCCAUCUCUGUUUCCUUUCUCUCCACUGUGCAAAGCUCUUGAGGGGAGGGGUUGUGAGGUUUCUCCUUGCCUUUCCGCCCUCCCCGCACCCCCCCCACUCCUCCCCAUCAGAAAUGAAUGAAUUAGGGUAAGGGGUUUCACCCCGCUUGAUCCUAUUCCUCUUCUCCCAGCCUCGUGCCAUCAAAACUGGGAGGGGGGGAUAUUGUAUGUGUGUGUGUGUGUGUGUGUUUGCGUGUUUGUGUUUCUGUACAUAAUAGGACUUGUUGUAAACGAACCCAGGGGUGGGGAGAGAGAUUUUUGUCCUGCUUUCCCCCCACCCACCCACCCCAUUCGCUCUACGUGUCAAAAGACUUAACAUCUCUUCUGUCAACUGGAAAACCCGUUUCCCCCCACCCCAAUUUAGCCGAAUUGUCUCCUGCGUUUUGCACAACCCUUUCGGAGUAGUUGAACUGUUUUAACGUCGCCUUUCUUGGCUCAUUACCAACCGCUUUGCUAUAUUUUAAUUUAAUUUAAUUAUUUUUUUUUUUAAAAGGUAUUUGAAAAGUAAGAUGGGAUGUUUUGUUUCGUUUUUGCCAACUGGUGCCAAAACGCAUGUGAGGCGUGGGUUUUUUUUUUGCCUUUUCAUCAACCCCUGUUGCGUUAUCUGCCUCGUGUCGGUACCCUCCAAAGCACCUCGCCUUCCCUGGGGUUCUUCGUAGACGGGUGUGUAUGUGCAAUGUGGUCCUUUCCUUUUGCUGUUUUUUCUUUUUUCCUUUUUUCUGGAAAUCAGGGUUUUCUAAAAGUCUGUGUCAGUAACACUUCCAGUGGCGCGGAGUGUAUUCAUGCACUGAAUUGUUCCACCUUCUUAACCGCAGCCCGAAGAGGGAGGGGGAAAAAAUCUGCAUUUUUUGCAAACUUGGCGGGCGAGGAGAGUCUCUUGUCGUUUCAUUGUAAACAAAUAUAUCAUUUAUUUCUUCGAAGGCCAAGAAACUACUUCCAGAAGAAUCUGUAUUUUCUGCAUCGUGCGUUUUUUAUUAUUCUCUUCCUGGCCUCUGUAAAUCUUUAGACCAAUUCAGGACCAAAAACUUGAGGCCCAGAAAGAGUUUAGAGCAGACGUCCCCAAACUUGGCAACUUUAAAACGUGUGGACUUCCAACUCCCAGAAUUCCCAGCUAUGUUGGCUGGAGAAUUCUGGGAGUUGAAGUCCACUAAGUCUUAAAAGUUGCCAAGUUUGAAGACCUCUGGAUCGGAGCAACAGCUGGGGGAAUUGCACCCCAAAAUUGUCUGGGAAAACGGGUGCCCAGUUCGUCUUCUCUUGGGGCUCAUGAUAGGUUUAAGCAGAGCACUUGAAAUGCUCCGUUGACUUCCCAGCUCAGGAAGGUGCCCCUCGGUUAGAGGGCUUCGGGGUCCCUAUCCUCUCUCAUAAAGGUCUCCGACCUCCGAGUCUUAACUUAAAUGAUGUUCAAAUCGUUGCAGCUCAGUUUGGACAAGUGGAGUUUUGGGGGGGUUGGUGUAGAGAGGAUGUCCAGAGUUAGUUUUGGAGGAAGUACCCCCUCCCCGAAUCCCACCUUAGAUGCCUAUACCCCUUAAUUGUGAGGAGGGGGCUACUCUGUGGCCAGAAUGGGACAACUCGCCACGGGCCUUCUUGCUACUUCUUACAACCUGGCGUGACCAUCUCGUUUCGGCAAAGUGGCCGCGAGACAAUUCCACGCGGGAUAACGCCAGGCGAUAAAUGUUGCCCGCCACUGCGUCUUCGACACUACAUCGACAAAAAAUAUAAUGUGGAAGAAAACAGUGGAGGAUAAAAUUGCGUUGAGUUAUCCCACCUGGAAUUGUCUCGCGGCGAGUUGGCCGCGGUGAAUUGUCCUGGAGCAGUGGUGGUGAAGCUUUUCAGCACCGAGUGCCCAAACCGCAACAUGCAUGACCGUGCGUGCAUGCCGGAGCACUGGAAAUUCGAAGACCAGCUGGCCGGCGCACGGAUGUCUGGUUUUUUUUGGCUGUUUGCCGGCACUUUGGUGCCCGCGAAGACCAGCUGGCAUGCUGGAAACCACAAGAGCAGGUGGCGACGGCACGCUAGCCCACAAAGAGGACUCUCCAUGCCACCUCUGGCCCGCGUGGCAUAGGUUUACCCUCACAGUCCUAAACCCUUCUGGGAUUACCUUCAGCCCAGCUGACCACUGGGGUGGAGGUAAUGAAAGUGAAUUUCAAUGAAAAACCCCAGCACGCUCCAUUGUCCUUGUUGCUCUUGGGUGGGUCAAAUAUCCCGCCUUGCCUGGAGAAAUCCCCCCUCCUUGAAGCGGGGACAAAUUCGGGAAUUCUCCCUUCCAAAAAUUCCUCUCCGAUCGGUUGUGGUGCCGGAGGCUUUUCCGGAUGGCUUAAGAACGAAUACUUGAUUUUAUCUGCGUCCUUCUUCAAAAAGGAAGGCCUUGAAUGGAUCUUAACGGGGCGGGGAGGGGGGGGGUGUCUCCCCAUCAGAUCCAACCAGCUCCCAGUUUUUUCUCACACUGAUGCCAAAAGAAGGAGCCCCGGUCCUACCGGUUGAGAGAGCCAGGCCUGAUUUUUUUAACGAACCGGUUCGGCCGAACCGUUCUGAACCGGUAGGAGCCCACCUCUCUUCUGCUGUCUGAAUCUCUCCCUAUCAUCUAUUUUUCUUUUUAUAUUAUGUUCUCAGUGGGCCUUUUCUUCCCUGCAGGGGGGGGGGGUGAAUUUAAAAUUGCACCAUCCAGGGGGUGGGGGUACUUCAGUGUAUUUUACCCAAGAAUGAGAAUUGGUCGAUUUGUCUUUGGGUGGGGUGGUGGGAGGCCGACAGGAGCCCCAAAUUAUUUGCCUCCCUUUCUUAAGCCAUCAGGGUCUCUUCUGGAAGCAAAAUGUGUGCCUUGCAGCUCAUUGGAGGGGGGGUCUCUUUUUUUGGGGGGGGAGCAUCCUCCUCCUUCUCUGCUCUCUUUUCAUUUGCACCCCAGGCAUCUGCAGUCUUGGGGAGGCAGCUUCCCCCCUCCCCCCAAAUCCCCUUUUUCUCACCAUCUAAAAACCGAGAGGUCUGGAAAAAAACUUUGUGCAUUUGGUAAGUUCUUUGCUACUGGCUCACUUGCAGCUUACGCUACGUCGAUUGAUGAAAAAUGUUGAUCGGAAGCAUUGCUGUUUUUUUUCUUUUUCUUUAAGGGUGGGGGGUUAUUUUUUUCUUCUUCUGGCUUCUGUCCUGGCUCCUCUCUUUGCAUUCAGAAGAUAUGCAUAUUGGGGGGGGAGGGGGCAUCCCUUCCCUCCAGUGGUCCCCAUUUCCUUGCCCCCUCCCAAAACUCUCAAUUUUUCAUUGUACUGUCAAUCUUGUAGAGUCUUGCUGGGGUGGGGGGAUAGAAUGGAUACUUACGGGACCCCCGGCAGGUGAGUGAGUUCCAUCUGUACUGAAAGUGUGAAUGGUGAUGAGUACAGCAGUAUGUCUCAAUCUUGGUCCCUUUAAAGGGGCGUGGACUUCAACUCCCAGAAUUCCCUUGGCCUGAGGGAUUCUGGGAGCUGAGGUCCACGCCUCUUAAAGGGACCGCGUUUGAGAAACGCUGAGACUCAACUUUCCUUGAGCAUUGUGCUACAUUUCUAGCUGUGUCACCACAGCCCCCAUUGUGUGUGCGUGUGUUCCCCACAGCAGCUGAGCAUCCUCAGCCUUUCAACACCACCCAAGGGAGGGGGCUUUGCCAUUCCCCCCAAAACGAGGGGCCGGAAAUUGUAAAUCCGGGUCCAUCUUCCCCCUCGAUUCUCACGGCCACUCCGGCACCUAUCCAGACCAACGAUGACCCCCUUCAACAGGCAGGAAAGGAAGAGUAACCCCCUGCCCCACCAUGCUUCCUCUCCCCCCCUGUUAUUUUUGGGUUGGGGGGGGUCUUUGUGUGGCGCAUCUCGUCCAGGGAGAAUUAAUUUUGCAAAGACUCCCUGGGACAGUUUUCCUCCAGAGUGCCAUCCACCUUUUGGAAUCGGGUGGGUGGGUAGCUGUGGUCCCUGUGGGGGGGGGGGGGUCUUCUCCAAAUGAGGAUUUGCAGGAUGGAUCCUGGCCAUCUGAAAAUUAGGGGGUCUCCCUCUACCACGUGCUCCUGCUCGCGUGGUAUGGGAUGGGGCGGGGGUCUUCCAGCAAAUUCAGGACUGGGAAAGGGGGGUGGGGAAACCAUGUUCAUCCCCCACUUUUUCCUUUCCAUCCUGUCUUCUCCUCCACCCUCCAUGGUGCUCCCUGACUCUCCCGGAGACUUCUAAGAUAGACUGCCCGGACACAAGGAUGCUCGGCUGUUUUUAAAUGUGAACUCCCACCCUCGACGGGGGCUGACUCGAUGUUCUUGUUACUGAAUAAAUUUUUAUUUUGAGAA